AUGGCCGACGAUGAAUACGAAAGAGAAAGACAAGAGAACAUUCGAAAGAAUAGGGAGCUUAUGCUCAGUCUAGGUUUGAAUCCUGCUGAGCCAUCACGAAACAAGCUACAGGUCAAAAAAACACCAAAGACGACUAGGAAGAAUGAAGACUCUGACGAGGAGGAUCAGGGAGGAGGCAGGGUCACACGUAGCAAACGACCAAGAAGCAAUCCGGCCAAGAGAAUGACAUUCAUAGAACCUUCAAGAAAGAGUGCACGAUUGUCAGCCCAAUCCUCCAUAUCCUACAAUGAAGAUGAUGAGAACUCAGGAAGAAGAGGAAGGAGAAAGCUAGACGACGAAGAUGAAGAUAGCAAACAAGAUCUAUACGUAAUGCCAAAGCUGAAAAAGCUUCGAAAUCCUAGUCCACCACCUGAACCGGAAGAUUACCAAACAGAAGUGUAUGCAGAUGCGCCUUCACCUCCAAAAAGACAGCCAAAUGGAAACAUCAUUUUCGAGAACAACAACCGACAUUUCAUGCCAAACGUAACGCCAAAGGAAAUGAUCCAAGGUGGAAUAUUUGGAGGAACCGCUUUUCGACCAUUUUAUUCGCGAAUUUCGAAACAACAGCUUAACCCACAAGAAGAGAUGUACGAAUUUCCAGAUGAUUGGUUUGAGGGUAUUACGAACAAAGAUGAACAUCUUACGUCUACAAUCUAUGAUCCAGAGGUGAACCGAUUCGGCGUAAAAGCAGGUCAGACAUUGGAAGAAUGGGAAAGCAAUAAUUGGAUUCGGGCACCCGACUACAGAGGCUGGUGGCAGUGGUAUUUUCGUUUCUACCAAGGUAGACGAACGAGCGAUGAUGCACGUCAGAUUGGAAGAUGGCUUAAAGCAUGUGGACCGGCAGGACGGUUCAAGAGGUCGUUAGUGGCUAAAAUUCAUCGAGCUGGCGCAACAUGGGAUGACGAAACAAUCACACCGGUAGUACGACAAACGCUGUUUCAUUGGGCAUAUCAAUUGACUGAGCAAGAUUAUCAUGCUUAUUUGCCAUAA